AUGAUCACUGUGACCUCAGAGGGCAACUGGUCUGCGAAGCUGGAACUGGAAUGGGCAGGAUAUCACUACUGGACUGUCCAACCUGCCAACUUCAAGAAAGGACAGAGACAAGAACAGAGCAGCAUCCAGGGACCACCACACAUGAGCAACUGCAACAUUCAGCAUCUGAUCCUUGUUCGUCUGUGUGCUUCUGCGUUUGUGUCAAAUGUCAAACAGCUGGAAAGGAAACUACACCAGUGCACUGGGAUGUUUCCCCAAUUCGUGCCAGACGCUGUUCCUGCCUGUGAAGGUAACAUCACCCGAGACAGCCCGCCUACCUCAGGACCUCGCCGAGCCACGUAUCGAUCACGCUGCAAAGCUGGACUCAGACCUCAGGAAGCGAGAUCUUUAUCAGUCAGUGCUGUCAGAGUCUGUGCUCUGGGAAACAACCGAGUAGCUCAUGCCCUCUGCUCCCACGUGGAUGAGGCACAGCUCCUUUACGCUAUAGAGAAUAAAUAUAUGCCAGGUCUUCUUCGUGCUGGCUACUAUGACCUCCUCAUCGACAUCCACCUGAGCAGCUAUGCUACAGCUCGCCUCAUGAUGAACAACGAGUACAUUGUUCCCAUGACGAAUGACACAAAGAGCAUCACUCUGUUUCCAAAUGAAAAGAAGAAACAUGGCCUGCCAGGCAUUGGACUCAGCACCUCUUUGAGACCCAGAAUGCACUUCACAUCCCCAAAUUUUGUUUCCAGGCCCGGACCAUCGUGCUUUAACAAAGGCAACAGUGGAUCAGGAGAUUGUUUCCAGUACAGCCCUGAAUUCCCCUUAGGUAUACUGAAAGUUAAAACCAUUGAGAUGUUGACAGAGGCAGUACGGGAGGGAAGCAUGCACGUACGGGACCCAGUAGGAGGAAGCACCGAGUUUCUAUUUGUUCCACUCAUCAAGCUGUUAUAUACUAUGCUCAUCAUGGGCGUUUUCCAAAACGGAGAUCUGAAGAAUAUCCUCCGACUGAUUGAACCUUCUGUGUUCUGUGAACGACGCAAUGAGCAGGAUGCACUUUGCAUGGAGUUGGAGGUGCUAAAGAAGGGUGAAGCCGAAGGAGGAGGAAAGGAGGGAGUGCUGAAUGUCCCCAAAGAAGGACUGUUAGAGAUGAAGCUGCCAGAGCCUGUAAAACUCCAGAUGUGUCAUGUGCUGCAGUACCUGUGUGACUGUCAGGUGCGCCAUCGUAUUGAGGCAGUGGUGGCCUUCUCUGAUGACUUUGUGGCUUGUCUCCAAGAAAACCAACGAUUUCGUUACAAUGAGGUGAUGCUGGCACUCAACAUGUCUGCAGCCCUUACUGCCAAGAAGACCAAAGAGUUCAGAUCUCCCCCACAGGAACAGGUGGGAACACCACAGAACAACAUAGAGCAUAAAUAUAACUGUAACCAGAUCUAG